AUGAGGAAGCCGGCGAUAGUCAACGCGGCGGAAUCAAAGGUCAAACAGGCAUGUAAUUUCCAGACAACCUAGUUCUUGCGCGUAUUGCAUAUUUUUCUUAUUCCCAAAUCCAAAUUUCUAAUCCCUCGCUACUAAUAACAACGAGAGAUUGAAAUUCAGAGUUGUUAGUUAAUAUAUCAUCUGAUUGUGUAUAUAUAUAUAUAUAUAUCGAUUACUCAUUCGAUCGAUUAAUCGGGAAAAAAGGCGGAGACAAAUCUGAAAACAUCAUGGUGAAGGAGACAGAAUACUACGACGUUCUCGGUAUCAGCCCCACGGCCACCGAGGCCGAGAUUAAAAAGGCUUAUUACGUCAAGGCACGACAGGUCCAUCCGGAUAAAAAUCCAAAUGAUCCUCUUGCAGCACAAAAUUUUCAGGUUCUAGGAGAGGCUUACCAAGUACUGAGUGAUCCGACCCAAAGGGAGGCCUAUGAUGCUUAUGGAAAAUCAGGAAUAUCGACCGAUGCAAUCAUUGAUCCUGCUGCAAUCUUCGCAAUGCUUUUUGGGAGUGAGCUUUUUGAGGAGUACAUUGGUCAGCUUGCCAUGGCAUCGAUGGCUUCGCUGGAUAUUUUCACAGAAGGGGAAGAUUUUGAUCCUAAAAAGUUGCAGGAGAAAAUGAGGGUUGUUCAAAGGGAAAGAGAAGAGAAGCUCACUGUAAUACUGAAAGAUCGACUCAACCUGUAUGUACAAGGAAACAAAGAGGAAUUCGUUAAUCAAGCCGAAGCUGAAGUUUCACGGCUCUCUAAUGCAGCAUAUGGUGUUGAUAUGUUGAAUACAAUUGGCUAUAUAUAUGCAAGACAGGCAGCUAAAGAGCUUGGGAAGAAGGCAAUAUAUUUGGGCGUGCCAUUUAUUGCUGAGUGGUUCAGAAACAAAGGCCAUUUCAUUAAAUCUCAAGUAACAGCGGCAACAGGUGCAAUUGCUUUGAUUCAGCUGCAAGAGGACAUGAAACGGCAACUAAAUGCAGAAGGAAACUACACUGAAGAAGAACUUGAAGAAUACAUGCAGUCUCACAAGAAGUUGAUGAUUGAUUCCCUUUGGAAGCUUAAUGUAGCUGAUAUUGAAGCCACCCUUUCCCGCGUUUGUCAGAUGGUUCUUCUAGAGAACAACACGAGGAAAGAGGAGCUCCGUGCACGAGCCAAGGGGUUGAAAACUCUUGGUAGAAUCUUUCAGAGGGUUAAAUCCUCCAAUGGGAACGAGAGUGAAAGUGUGUUAAACAAUAAUGUUCACAAAAUAAAUGGAAGUGAACGAAAUCUUGAUGCUGUUUCUCCCAGUACAUCACCAAAAUCCUCAAAUCGUGAAGACAUGUCGUGUACUGCAUUUUCGUCACAGAGCCCGUAUGUGGAGGCUCCCCACUUUGUUGGCAACCAAUACACCUAUAACUUCCCAAUGCCAACAGCACCACCCGGUGCUCAAAGACAUCCCUAAAUAUGCAGGAGAGGAUAAUUGAAGUGUGCAACUCGCUUGUAGUAUAGCACCUAUUGUUUUUAUGAUUUGUUAUGGGUGUCGGAGGGGUAUGAGUUCGUCGUUUGUUGAAUGUGUGUAUGUAUUGACGAGUGUAUACUCUAUGCUUGAAAGCACAUUCUGCCUCUAGUUGAGCCUACAUGUUGUAAUGUAUUUAUAGAACAGAUACUCAUACGGAUAAGAAGUGAGGAUUGUUGAAGGUAGUUUGCCUAGGUUGGGCGCCCCUGUAAUCUGAAUUUCUCAUUUUGUUGGAUUGUCA